AUGACACCAAGGCAGUGUCAGAAUGGGACCAUAUGGAACGGAGAAGAGUGUGUCUGUGUCCAAGGCUUCUUUGGUUACCAGUGCAAGUCCCUUAGGGACUCCUUCCUCCUAGAAAUCCCGGAAAAAUUCAAUGCCACUUUAGGUGUGACAGUGAAAGUGACUAAUAGGAAUUUCACAAAAGCCCUGAAUAACAUAUCCUCCCCGGUAUACUGGAAUUUCACUCAACUAUUCGAGAGUCAGAUGGAUAAAGCUUACAUGAGCAAAGACUUUCCCCAGUACAGAGGCGUGAUCAUUAGGAGACUGUUGAAUGGCAGUGUUGUGGUGGAACAUGAUGUCGUUAUGGAGGCAAACUACACUUCAGAUUACCAGAAACUGUUUGAAAACCUCACUAAAAUCAUAAAGGUCAAGAUUAUGAAUGAGACCAAAAGGCUAUCUGGUGAUUCUGAAGUGUGCAGAGCCUCCUCACCUCUGUGUUACGAUGAGGAAGCCACUAUUGUGAGCAAGACCGUGAAGCUGGGCUUUGACCUGCAGGAGCAAUGCACUCAGAAGGCCGCGAAGGACUAUGCCCAGUUCUACUAUGUGGAUGAACUGGAUGGGAAGCUGGCCUGUGUGACCAAGUGCACCUCGGGGACAAAGUUGCAACUGAACUGUCAUGAGGGUGAAUGUCAGCUGCAACGAAGAGGUCCCCGCUGCCUAUGCCCGACCUCGGACACGCACUGGUACUGGGGAGAGACUUGUGCCUUGAGCACCAGCAAGAGCCUGGUGUACGGGAGUGUGGGAGCUGUGGGAGCAGUGCUGGUGGUCACGGUGGUGGUCCUCACCGUCUCCCUCUGCCGAUCCCAGAGAAAACUGCACAGAAGGGAAGAAUACAAUUUGUCUCCAGAGUGGCACGGAGAAGAUGUUCCCGGCAGCUUCCAGAACAUAGGCAUCUGGGAAGGUGAGAAUCUGAAGGAGGACCCAUUCAGCCUUAAAAACAUCUACAGCCAGUUUCGGCCCUCCCUAGAGAAUGUUGACCCUACCACAGAGCUCCACAUCCAGAGGCCCACGGUGGUGACAACUGCUCAGUAA